GGCAGAGAAGGGGCGGAGCUCGCGGAGGAAGUCUGCAGCCGUCUCGGCUCGCUGUCUGAGCCGAAGGAGGGGUUUGCUGGUCGGGGGAAGGCUGGAUGUCCAGCGGCACCGGCCGGGUGGUGUCGGCGGCGGGGUCCUGGGCCGGGCCACCAUAGUGCGUGAGAUUGUGGACUUGGCGUGGGUGAGACGAUUCAAGCGGAAGCAUCUUACAGCAACUGACUGCCAGCAUUUGGCCCGGAAACAUUUGGCCGCGACUCAGCCCUUCAUUCAGAGAUGGACAAGCAGAGACCCGAACCAUGGCCUCUAUCCUAGACCCAGAAGAAAAGGAGGCGAUAGAGGUCGAGGAUAUCAGAGAUUAAUUACUGACUUCUUCCUAGCUGAAUACCAGCAUUGUACCAAUGACAUGGCCAAAAGCAAUUCUGUUGACCGGGACAGCUGUCAGGACUCUAAGGGUGAUAUGAUUUUUCCUGCAGAGAGCAGCUGUACUUUGCCUCAGCACAAUAAUGGAGAAGAGAGGCUGGGCUCUUCAGGGUCUGCUCUUCCUGCCAGGAAACGGUCUCGUUCCUUUGAGGAAGAGAGUAAUAAAGCUGAAGAGGCCAGCCAGUGGGAUGGAGUUACUAAGAAGACUCCACGCCAUCGUUUAUAUUCAUCAUGCACAAGGCUUAGGGAGGUCAGGCAAGAAGCAGAGGAUGGUUUGUCACAGUGCUCUACGGUGUCUAGAGAACCUGGCCAGGACAUUGAGGACAUUGGUCCUGAUCCCUUUCCUGACUCAUACUAUGGCCUUCUUGGAACUUUGCCUUGCCAAGAAGUACCCAGCCACAUUUGUAGGCUGCCUAGUGAAGUUCUGAGGCACAUCUUUGCCUUCCUCCCAGUGGAGGACCUCUACUGGAACCUCUGCUUGGUGUGCCACCUGUGGAGGGAAAUCAUCAAUGACCCACUGUUCAUUCCUUGGAAAAAGCUGUAUCAUCGAUACUUGAUAAACGAAGAGCAGGCUGUCAGCAAAGUGGAUGGCAUUCUCUUGAGCCAUGGCAUAGAAAAGGACUCAGACUUAUGUGUGCUGAACCUCGUACGAUAUAUAGCCACCAUCAAAUGCUCCCCAAGUGUAGACCCUGAGAAGGUGCUGUGGAGCCUGAGGGACCACCCUCUGCUUUUGGAGGCUGAGGCAUGCAUGCGUCAACAACUUCCUGACCUCUAUGCAGCUGCUGGGGGCAUUAAUGUCUGGGCCUUGGUGGCUGCCAUGGUGCUCCUCUCCAGCUGCGUGAACGACAUCCAGUACCUGCUGUUCUGCCUCAGGAGACCCAGUUCCACAGUGACCAUGCCAGAUGUCACCGAGACCUUGUACUGCAUAGCUGUGCUCCUUUAUGCCAUGAGGGAGAAGGGGAUCAACAUCAGCAAUAGGAUUCACUACAACAUUUUCUAUUGCCUAUACCUUCAGGAGAAUUCCUGUACUCAGGCCACCAAAGUUAAAGAGGAGCCAUCUGUCUGGCCAGGCAAGAAAACAUCUAUCCAACUAACACAUGAACAACAGCUGAUUCUGAACCAUAAGAUGGAGCCUCUCCAGGUGGUAAAAAUUAUGGCAUUUGCAGGCACUGGGAAAACCUCUACCCUGGUCAAGUAUGCUGAGAAGUGGUCUCAGAGCAGGUUUCUGUACGUCACAUUCAACAAGAGCAUCGCAAAGCAGGCAGAGCUGGUCUUCCCCAGCAAUGUCAUCUGCAAGACGUUCCACUCCAUGGCCUACAGUCACGUAGGGCGAAAGUACCAGCUGAAGAAGAAGUUGAAUCUCUUCAAGUUAACGCCCUUCAUGGUUAACUCCGUCCUUGCUGAAGGGAAAGGUGGAUUCAUAAGGGCCAAGUUAGUGUGUAAGACUUUAGAAAACUUCUUUGCGUCAGCUGACGAAGAGCCGACUAUUGAUCACGUGCCCAUAUGGUGCAAGAAUAGCCAAGGACAGAGAGUCAUGGUUGAGCAGAGUGAGAAACUGAAUGGUGUCCAUGAAGCAAGCCGACUUUGGGACAAUAUGCGGAAGCUGGAGGAAUGUAAAGAAGAUGCAUACCAAAUGACACAUGAUGGCUAUUUGAAACUCUGGCAGCUGAGCAAGCCUUUGCUUGCCUCUUUUGACGCCAUCUUUGUGGAUGAGGCCCAGGACUGUACCCCAGCUAUCAUGAACAUAGUUCUGUCUCAGCCAUGUGGGAAGAUCUUUGUGGGGGACCCCCACCAACAGAUCUAUACCUUCCGAGGUGCAGUGAACGCUCUGUUCACAGUCCCCCACACCCACGUCUUUUAUCUCACACAGAGUUUUAGAUUUGGCGUGGAAAUAGCUUAUGUGGGGGCUACCAUCUUGGAUGUCUGCAAGAGAGUCAGGAAAAAGACACUGGUUGGAGGGAACCAUCAGAGUGGCAUCAGAGGUGAUGUAAAGGGACAAGUGGCUCUGCUGUCCAGGACUAAUGCCAAUGUGUUUGAUGAGGCUGUACGGGUCACAGAAGGAGAGUCACCUUCAAGGAUACAUUUGAUUGGGGGAAUUAAAUCAUUUGGAUUGGACAGAAUCAUUGACAUUUGGACCCUUCUUCAGCCAGAGGAAGAACGGAGGAAACGCAACCUCAUCAUUAAGGACAGGUUCAUCAGAAGAUGGGUGCACAAAGAAGGCUUUAGUGGCUUCAAGAGGUACGUGACUGCUGCUGAGGACAAGGAGCUGGAAGCGAAGAUCGCAGUAGUUGAAAAAUACAAUAUCAGGAUUCCGGAACUAGUUGAAAGGAUAGAGAGAUGCCACAUAGAAGAUCUGGACUUUGCAGAGUACAUUCUGGGCACUGUGCACAAGGCCAAAGGCUUAGAGUUUGACACUGUGCAUGUUUUGGAUGAUUUCGUGAAAGUUCCUUGUGCCAGGCAUAAUCUUGCCCAGCUUCCUCACUUCAGAGUUGAGUCAUUUUCUGAGGAUGAAUGGAAUUUGCUGUAUGUUGCUGUUACUCGUGCCAAGAAGCGGCUCAUAAUGACCAAAUCACUGGAGAACAUCCUGACUCUGGCUGGGGAGUAUUUCUUACAAGCAGAGCUGACAAGUAACGUCUUGAAAACAGGAGUGGUCCACUGCUGUGUGGGGCAGUGCAACAACACCAUCCCCGUGGACACCAUCCUUACCAUGAAGAAACUGCCCAUCACCUAUAGCAACAGGAAGGAAAACAAGGGUGGCUACCUCUGCCACUCGUGUGCGGAGCAGCGGAUCGGGCCUUUGGCGUUCCUGACUGCCUCCCCGGAGCAGGUGCGCGCCAUGGAACGCACUGUGGAAGACAUAGUACUGCCCAGGCAUGAGGCCCUGCUCUUCCUUGUCUUCUGAGGCUGACUCCAUGUACUGAAGGAGCCAUGCUGGACUGCAUUCCUGCUCAUGGGAGACUCCGAGUUCAAUCACAGAGCAUUUUUGAGGAAGAAGAUACCAACUAGAGUUGGACCUGCCAUUUCUCCGUUCCUUACAGAUAGCCAGUUCCCACUUGCCUGUCUCUAUAUGCAUCAGGUCAGGGAGUGGGGAAAGUCCUUUUGAUAAAAAAAAAAUCAUUUUAUGUAUUUAAACUUUUAUUACAAGGUUUCAAUUAAAUCGGCAUUGCCCACUGGCAUGCCACUGUGAAGUCUA